UUAUAUUUUUCUCAACAACAUUUUUACAUCACGUUUUCCAAUCAAAGUCUUGUAACCUUGCGAUAUAUAUAUGUAUUUUCAUGUAAACAUCAAUACAAUUAAAACUUUUAAAGUCCUGAUUCCUGGUGUAAUGUAGAAAGUUGUAAUAGAACAGCAAAUUUACGCUUCAAAGAGGAGCAACCGUCGUUUGUACCAGACAGACAAACCACAAAUUUGAUCAAAUUACUAGCUAAGAAAUAUUUGGUGCCUGCUCAGAAUGGAAGAUAUGGCAGAAGAAGUUCAGUUCGUGGUGGACGAUGUCAGUAAAAUAAUUAAGGAAGCAAUUGAAGUCUCCAUAGGAGGUAAUGCCUACUCCCACAGCAGAGUGAACCAGUGGACGUCAAACGUUGUAGAGAGUUGUCUGGGAAAGCUAGUCGGUCUACAAAAGGCUUAUAAAUAUAUAGUUACUUGCACAAUAAUGCAGAAAAACGGCGCUGGUCUGCAUACUGCAAGCUCAUGCUAUUGGGACAAUGCAACCGAUGGCAGCUGUACCGUUCGCUGGGAGAAUAAGUCCAUGUACUGUAUUGUAUCGGUAUUCGGCUUGUCCAUCUAACUUUGCGUAUACGUAAUUUUUGUGUUUCAAAUUUUUAUCAGCAAAUUUGUGGUUGUAAUCUUUGAAAAAUUCCAGUUGGAUAACUUUCAACCUGUGGGUGUGAAGUAUUUAUGUCACUGUGUUUGUUUUACCUUUUUUGUUACACUGUGUCGUUUAUACACAACUACUUAAUUACAAGUAUUUCUAGAGUUGAAAUGUUUUUUCCGUGAUUUUUAAUCAAAUUUUAGUAAGUCAGCUAAGGUAAUGUUCUCGUCGUGAUGUACCUCUGCGUGAAAACUGUAUGGGACAUACGUUAUGUUGCAAAUGCUGUAUGAAUCAAUCGAUUAGUUUAUAUUAAAAAAUCUAUUUAUUUUUACUCAA